CCCGACCCGACCCGGCCCGACGGACAGAACCGACAGACUACAGACGCAUCGGGCUGCUCCUCCAACAGACACACACACACACAACCGGCAGCUCCGCGUUCGCACCAUCUGACCUGCGUCUUCUCGCACCAGGGAAACCCCACCGGCCGCCAAGAUGUCCAGCAAGCGAGCCAAGGCCAAGACCACCAAGAAGCGGCCUCAGAGGGCCACGUCCAAUGUCUUCGCCAUGUUCGACCAGUCACAGAUCCAGGAGUUCAAGGAGGCCUUCAACAUGAUCGACCAGAACCGCGACGGCUUCAUUGAUAAGGAGGAUCUGCACGACAUGCUGGCCUCUCUGGGGAAGAAUCCCACAGACGAGUACCUGGAGGGCAUGAUGAGUGAGGCCCCAGGGCCCAUCAACUUCACCAUGUUCCUCACCAUGUUUGGGGAGAAGCUGAAUGGCACUGACCCCGAGGACGUGAUCCGAAACGCUUUCGCGUGUUUCGACGAGGAGGCCUCAGGUGUCAUCCACGAGGACCACCUUCGGGAGCUUCUCACCACUAUGGGCGACCGCUUCACAGACGAAGAGGUGGACGAGAUGUACCGGGAGGCACCAAUCGACAAGAAGGGCAACUUCAACUAUGUGGAGUUCACACGCAUCCUCAAGCACGGUGCCAAGGACAAGGACGACUAAACUCCCACACCCUGACCCAAGCUCCAGCACUCCCACUUGCACCUCUGCACCAACUGCAGUCCCUACCCCCACAAGAAGGGACCUUCUCAGACCACCUCCCUGGAGGUGUGGAGGAAGCACAUGCCCAAGGGAGAGACCCGCCUGCUCAGGUGCUGGCAGUGAAGGCACCCAGGAAGUCCCUCAGAGACACCCAUACUCACACCCAGGCAGUCCCUCCAGGAGUAGCCCUGGAUCCCAAUUCACUGGUAUUCACCCUUUGGCCCUGCAGGCCCCUUCCCAACACUGCCAUGAACCCACGUGGACUCUACCCCUCCCCACAGGCAGCAGAGAUGGUUCUGUCCAGGGAAGACUGGAAGGAAUCCAAUAGAAGGUUGAGCACUGAA